AUGAAUAUAAGCUGUCAAACAGAGAUUACCUAUCCGGGUAUCGGACACUUUACAGUAAACGAUUUUCGGGAUCCCGUUUACCGAAAAACAGUUUUACUUCCCCAGAGUCCACAAAAAAUUGAUACACAGUUUCUACUUUAUACGCGCGACAAUCAAUUGUUUCCCGCAUUCAUACGUCUCGGCGAUCAACAGGCUGUCCGCGGAUCGAAAUUUGUGGCCAAAAAACCGACAAAAUUCGUAAUUCACGGUUUUGUCGAUAAUAUCUUAUUAGGUCAAUGGAUGCACCAAUUAAAAGACGAACUACUCAAACGUGAGGACUGUAAUGUUUUUCUGGUUGAUUGGAAAGGUGGCAAUGGAUGGCCAUACGAACAGGCAGUGGCCAACACUAGAGUUGUAGGACCAGUGCUGGGAUUGUUCAUCAAUGAUCUUAAGACAAUAUAUGGCCUAAACACUGGCGAUGUCUAUAUAAUAGGCCAUUCAUUGGGCGCACAUAUAGCUGGUUAUGCAGGACAGCAACUAAACGGCACUAUUGGUCGUAUCACAGGUCUAGAUCCGGCCGGACCUGACUUUCGAGGACUGACCAAUAUUCCGGCGGUCAAACUUGAUCCCACAGAUGCAAAAUUUGUAGACGCAAUACACAGUGAUGCAAAUCCAUCAAAUGUCGACUCGGGUUACGGUAAUUACGACACAUCCGGUCAUCUGGACUUUUAUCCCAAUGGAGGCUAUAAUCAACCUGGUUGUUCAAUUCAACGAUUUACAUCAUUUCUAACGGGAGGACCCAUUGAAGGCGUGCGUCGACUAGUAUUUUGUAAUCACAUGAGAUCUAUUGACUUUUAUAUGGCAUCACUGACCUAUACGGGCGUCAAACCGAUUGGCCAUCAAUGUCCUGAUUACGAGACGUUUAAAAGCGAUAAAUGUAUGGAUUGUGGCCCUAAUAAUGCUGGCAAAUGUGCUACAAUGGGUAUCGAUGCCAUACAGUCGUCAACAUUUAAGACACAAACACAGGGCAAUAGAUUUUAUUUGACAACAGGAGAUCGUUACCCAUAUUUUCAAUAA